UAGGCUACACGUCCAACAAGUAGGUCAGCUUCCCCAUUCUCUGACAUUUCUUUAACAGGGAAAAGGCUAAGCACGGCAUCUGGUAGCCGCAUACGUGUUUAGUUACAGCUGCCAUGAUGUUGAAGGUGAAGCUGGCUGUGCUGACUGCGGUGGUGACGGCGUACAUAUGGAGAGACACGUUUGACCCUGAGAGUGUGCGGGGGGCCAGAGUGUUGGUGACGGGCGCCAGUAUGGGCAUUGGUGAGCAAAUGGCGUACCACUACGCCCGCUUGGGUGCCCAGCUCAUCAUCACUGCCAGGAGAGAGAGUGCCUUACAGAAAGUGGUGGAGCGCUGUGUGGAGCUUGGGGCCCAGAAGGCGCUGUACGUGGUGGGAGACAUGUCGGACCCCGCAGACCCCGAGAGAGUCCUCAGACAGGCCGUGGACCUGCUGGGAGGCCUAGACUACCUGGUGCUGAACCACAUUGGGAACAGCCCCUAUGGGCUGUGGGACAGGGAUGUGGAGUACAUCAGGACGCUCAUGCAGAUAAACUAUGUGAGCUACGUGCAGAUGGCUGCCACUGCUCUACCUACACUGGAGCAGAGUGGAGGGGCUGUUGUGGUGGUGUCCUCUCUCCUGGGUAAGAUGACCACGCCAUUUGCAGCAGCCUACGCCUCCACCAAGUUUGCCCUGCAUGGCUUCUUCGGAACGUUGCAGCAUGAGCUGGCCAUGCAGGGCAGCAACGUGUCCAUCACCAUCAGUGUCCUGGGCCUCAUCGACACGCCCACCGCCUUGGACAAGAUAAGGGGUUUUACCAAUGUCACUCCUUACCCGGCGAGUGACGCGGCGCUGCACAUCAUCAAGGCCGGAGCCACACGUCAGAAGGAGUCUCAUUUCCCAUGGUUCCACUGGUUCACCUGCUUCUUCCGCGACUGGUUCCCCUACUUCAGGGACAUCUGCAUCCAGAGCUCCUUCACCAUCCCCACCCACUGACACAGACCACAUCUCAAAACGUUUCAAACACGGACCACAUAUCAAAACGUUUCAAACAUGGACCACAUCUCAGAACUUUCCCAGGACUUCUCAAAUGACCCUUAAAUUCAACUCAGUGACCUUACAGAUCUUAUACACUGCCGUUCAAAAGUUUGGGGUCAGUUAGAAAUGUCCAUUCCACUACAUUAUAGACAGUAUACCAGCUGAGAUCAGUUGUAUUGUUUUUUAAUCAGGGCAGCAGUUUUCA